GUUCAAGUACUUGUCCGAUUGCCAUUCUUUUCCGAUUUCAAUUUUCUUAUCAUGUGACCCGUCUUACUUGUGGUCACUCAUACCGGUGCCUGGUGCUGCACUUAUACAAUGGAGAUGAUCUUCCUCCUUUUAUCACUUCCUUUUGUUCUUACAUAUGAUCCAUGUCUACCAAACAACCACAUGGAUCACACCGAACUCCACAGAAGUGCCCUGUUCCAACCGGAGCCCACGGACAAGGAGUUGUGUGACCGUCAUAUUCAAGAGGGUUGGCAUGUUUUUAAUGGCGGUAACUCCACCAUUCCAACACACUGCGUCACCGAGUACCACUGCGGUACAAAGUACCCGGUAUGGAUGAAGGGCACGCUGCCCUCUGUAGGAGUCACCGCCAGCAGACAGGGCUGCAUUGCGAUGACCUCUGGCACUUCCGGUUCUUGCUGCGAACUGACCAUUGACAUUAAAGUAAAAAACUGUGGACAUUUUUAUGUCUACCAUCUAAAACCGACACAUUUUUGCCCAAUGGCGUAUUGUGCGGGCGAAACUUACACAUGCAAUGUCGGAGGUUCUGGCGGACAGUGUAAAGAUCCUUUCCCAAAGAUGACCGAUUUUCCUGUGCUCGGUAAACCGGAAGUUGUCCGAAAUUCAACGGUCAGAUUUCCUUGCGAGGUACAAUAUCCCCUUGGUCAACCAGGUGUUGGAUUUGAGGUCACGUGGACAGUUGACGGACACACCUUGGUGGAUCCUUCUAAUGGUGUUAUAAUUGUUAACCAUCUCACUGGAGACUCGAGAACAGCCUACCUGGACUACAACAUGCUCAAGGGUAACCUCGGGAAAACAUUGAAGUGUAGGGUCAGAGGCUAUUUCACGAAUACAACCUAUUUGAAGAGUGAUAGCUUCAACAGCGAUGGCUACUUCUGCGGGAUCAAGGUUCUGACUGAGAGAAUAGUGGUCGACGAAAAGGGCCCGGAGAAAACCGUCCAGGUGGAAUCAACAAUUCCGAUUCCUUGCAACACAGCGCACGCGCAAGAUGAAUGCAAGAUAACAUUUAGCGUGGACACACACACUAAAGAUGCCAUGUUUUCAACGUGUAGUUAUGACAUCAAACUUGACCCCGUAACUGGCAAAUAUCUGGGUUCCUUUAAAGUUACCGCUACUAAGGACUUUGUUAGUGAUGGGAGCCAGACCCACGAGGUUUCAUUCAAUCCGAUAGUCAGUUUCAACCACCCAGUGUGGUCAAACUACGAUGUCCAUCCAAUCCACGUGACCACAGAGAACAGUGAACAUGGUCACUGCAAUGCCCAUGGUGAUCCUCACAUGAUCCGAAUGGACUAUAGGGGACAAACUAACGUUUACGUGACGGGCGAGCUGACAAUGUAUGAAUGUAAAUCAUCAAACAAACCGUUACAGGUCCAGGUGAAAACAUGGCCGUGUGGACAUUACCAUCCCUGUAUUUGCGCUUUGGUCGCUAGAGAGGGGAAUGACGCUGUACAGAUUGACAUGUGUGAGAAAAGAAAGAACCAACACGCUGUACCGGAACUCACAAUUUUGUCAGAACGAGGCCUGGACGGAACUACUGUCGAACGGGACCGAAGUGGGAAAAAAUUCUUUAUUAACUUUCCGUCUGGCGCACGUGUUGUUGCUAGUACCUAUGUACUUACUCACGGUCACAAUGAAAAAGACGGGAUGAUGGACGUCGACAUUCAGGCUCCUCCUGACAACAAGGGCUGUGGCCAGGGCAUAUGUGGGCUUUGGAACGAUAACCCUCACGACGACCUCCUCGGGGCUGACGGGAAACAUUACUCAAACCAUCAAGUCACCGAGUUCGCCAACACAUGGCGAGUGAAGCCAUCAGAAAGCCUCUUUAACCAAGUUUUAACCUAUCAGCCUCAUUACUCUGUUCAGCACGCCUACUGCACCUGCAGUAACGGAAGAGUAGAUUGUACUAAGGGCUCCAAAAACACCCACAAACGUAAUUGCAAUGGAAAAUGUCGAUCAGUGCGCAUGUCUAGACUUAACCGACACCACUACAGACGGUACUCCGAUGACGAUAUUGAUGGCGAAGUACCUGUCGAUGACGUAAUAAUCAAGAAAAGACAAAAUUUUAAUUACAAACCACGUGACGUGUUCCCAACGACGACAGGGAUAAGCGAGGAUGAGGCCAGAAGGAUUUGUCAAACUGGCCUGAGUAAGGCUACCCUGUAUACCCGGUGCCACGACGAGCCGGGCAUGAACCUUACCGCCCUGGUUGACUCCUGCAUGGAGGAUGUCAAGGCUUCGGGGAGUGAUCUGUUUCUGGUCACGCAAUUGUCAACAUUUGACAGCCUGUGUCAAAACGAGGUAAUGAAGAAACUAUCCAAUUACAAGACGAGCCCGGAUGGAGACCUCAUUCCUCCUCUUGACGUCACGGAUCACGUGUGCCCUAACCAAUGUAGCCUUAGGGGCGCAUGCUUUUUAGGCCGCUGCAGUUGUCAACCCGGCUAUACUGGGGUCGAUUGCAGCAUAAACUCAAAUGACUCUCCCAGUAUCGUUCAAAUUAGAGGUGAUGGCCUUUGUGACAUCAGAAGAAGACCUUGCCUGCAAACUAAUGUUAUUGCAGAAAACAUUAUGGAAACUGCAAAUCUUACAUGUAGAUUUGACCAGGAAUCAGGAAACUCAGAAAUGCUGGCAGCUGAACUUGUGUCCGCUUGGGAAAUCCUGUGUUUUGUGCCUGUUCACGGCGUAUCCAACGGCAACACGUUGCAACAGUACAACAUUUCCAUCUCGCUGGAUGGUACAAACUUUAGCUCGCCACAUUCAUUUACGGUGUAUGACUCUGUGUGUUAUCAAUGUGACGUAACAGAAAGCUGCCAUUUGAAGAAUGACGCCUGUUUGAUCGGCGGCCAUUGUUAUCCGUCAGGGUACACCAAUACAGAGCACGAUAAAGUUUGUGAUCCUUCCCGGUCACAGACUGAGUGGUCAAAUACUGCCGUGGAUCACUAUACAGCUCUUUCGUCUGGCUGCCAGUGUCAGCACGACCCAUCGAGCUACAACUGCGCUUGCUGUAGAAACGGUGGCUGUCAAUGCAUUCGUCAUCCAAACAAAUGCUCCGAAUGCACAAUUCUCGGCUGUUAAGUCGAUAUUGUGAAAAAUAUACGUAUAUGUAAAAUGCAUCGCAUGUUCUUCCUCGUUAAAUAAUAAUUGCAAUUAAGGAUCUAUCUAGAAAAGGUUCUGCUACACGAGUUUGAUACUUCGUUUAGAAAUGUUAAAUGGUUAGGGAAAUAUGUACAUGUGCUGAGCUGAAAUAAGAAAUAAAAGGAUACUUUGUGACGAAGCAAUAAUCUAGGUAUUUUAUGUUUAAUUCAUAAUUGAGCAAUUUGCUAAAUGACGAAGCAAUUUUCUCACAAUUUAUAUUCUUAAAAAGGUUUGUUCCCGUUUUGCACACAUUUAAAAAUAAGGUAUCGACGAAGUGUGUGCGAAACGGGUUUUGACCAGGUGAGAUAAUUGUUUAAUGGUUAUAAUCUGUAUGUCAGUUCCUGUGAAGGAAAUUAACAAUUAAAUAAAUAAACCAUAUUACUGGUAA